AUGGACGAGGAAGAUGUGCGGGCGCUGGCGGCGCUGCAGGUGAGCGGCGGGGCCCUGUCGGAGCGCGCGCAGCGGAGGCGCGUGGCCACGUGUCCGCACUGCCACCAGGGCUUCGGGAGCGCCUCGCUGCCCAUCCACGUGCCGCGCUGUCGAGCGCUGCGGCAGACCCUCGAGGACGAGGACGAGGAGCGAGACAAGCAGCGGAGCACGCCAAUUAGGAGGGGGCAGGUGCCGCCGCUCGCGGAUCUAUGUCUCCGGCUCGUGACGAAGCACUUCGAGUCCAUCUGCAUGGAGAAGAUCGUGGCGUUCCCAGAGGCGGAAGCCGCGCUACUUGCGUCCAUGCCCAGCAACCUGGUGCACCGCAUGGUGGUCUCCCUCGUCAAGGACACCAACCGCGUACGUAAUAUGUACCGUGAAAGUCGAGCCACGAUCGAGAACCUCGAGAAUGCGCUCCAGGGGGCCAGACGUGACGUGGCCCAACUCGAGUCCGCGCGUGACUGGGCAUCCAUCAGUCGAGCACGGAUGGCGGAACAGCAGCACGUUGCCGAACGGCUCCAGCGCGAGUUGGACACCACGAAAACAGCUCUGGCAUUGGCUGAGGCGGAUAACCAAAAGCUGCAAGCGAGAGCGGCACGUGCUGAAAAGAAAACACUUCGGCUUGAUGCAAAGGUACGCGUAAUUCUAAAACCCAUGUGCCGAGUAUUAUUAUAUGAAUGGGAAUGCGACUGACGUCAAACGAUUGUUUUUUUUCUGUUUGUUGUUGUUGCCGCUGUAUUUUGCCUUAGAUCAACUCGUUAGCCGCCGAAAACGCAGAUCUGAGCAAUGCGGUAAAGGAAGCGCAGCGCCGUGAAAUGGAAGCUACGCGACUACUAGCUGCAGUAAAGAGAGCGCCAGUACCCGGCGUAAGCAGUACCCGCCGUUCGGAGUCUAACCAGAAAACCACACAAAACUCAGUCCGUCGAUACGCGCCUAAGUCCUCACCAUGUGACACAAACUACAGCGCAAGCACACCUCGUCGCGCUGCAGUAAUCGUUCGGAAGCGUCCUGGAGCGGAGGGAUCCAAGAUCCCAUACCCACCUUCUUUACAAAAGCGAAAUAAAAUUGGGCAUGCAAGCAACCAGCCAGAAUAGAGCCGCGUUUGGUAUCACC